UCCUCGGUCCGGCGGAGCAGAGCGCAGGGCGCACGGCCGAGGGGCGCGCCGCCCGGGGCAGCGGGGACGCGGGGACGCGGGGACCAUGGCUGCCGGGGGCCGCGGACCCCGAGCCCAGCUGUGGGCGGCGGCGCUGCUCCUGCUCGCUCUGCCGCGCGGCCCGGUGCGGGCGGAUGGGAAGCUGUUUGUGCUGGAGUCUCAGAAUGGCUCUCAUGGCCUAGAACUGGAGGUGGCUCGGCUUUCCUGCAGGAGCAGGGGAGCUCACCUGGUGUCUGCGGAAGAGCUGCGGAGGGUGGUCCAGGAUUGUGCCUUUGCAGUGUGCACCACGGGCUGGUUGGCGGAUGGCACCCUGGGGACAACCGUGUGUAGCAAGGAGAGUGAUGAACAGCAAAUCACGAGAGCCGUUGAUGUGAGAAUUGAAGGCAACCCAGUUCCCGGUGGCACAUACAAUGCACUUUGUAUUAAGGAUGAAGAUAAGCCGUGUGGAGACCCACCUUCGUUCCCACACACCAUCCUGCAGGGCCGCACAGGCCUGGAGAUGGGAGACGAGCUGCUGUAUGUGUGCGCCCCGGGCCAUGUCACGGGCCACCACGAAACCGCCUUCACCCUGCUGUGCAACAGCUGUGGGGAGUGGUACGGCCUGGUGCAGGCCUGCGGGAAAGAUGUGGCUGAGGCACAUAUUGACUAUGAAGAUAAUUUCCCUGAUGACCGAUCUGUGUCAUUCAGAGAGCUCACGGAGGACUCCCAGACAAAGGCAGAGGAGGACAAAGGUCCAGGAGAGGCAUCUGAGGACGCUCCAAAACAGGACCAUCUGGUCUCCAUUUCUGUGGGGAGAAAAAACAUAGCCCAGGAUACAGCCUUUGUGCCAACCACAGGCUUGUCCAUCGCAGGAAGCAGUGUCCCCACAGACAUGCCAGGAUCCCAACUGAACCAGAAAUACUUGUUCUGGUUUCCUCCUGAGAACUUCCACAAGCCUGAGCAGGAGAAGGAGAUGAAUGAUGGCACCAAAAAGCAGUUUCCAGCUAGAGAUAACCACAGUAGCCUAACACCGGCUCCAAGUGGACCUGAAGCCAAGGUGAUCUAUAGCAGCACUGAUGGUCACACGGGGCCAUUGGUGGGCAGGACUGCCAGCAGGAGAGGGGACCCAAUGGUGAGCAGCAGUGAUGAGUCCUGGUUAGAUGGCUACCCUGUGACCGAUGGGGCUUGGAGGAAGAUAGAGGCAGAAGAGGAGGAAGAGGAAGAAGAUGGGGAUAAGGGAGAUGGGUCAGUAGGGGUGGAAGAAAUGGUUCUAGUUACUUCUAAUCAGCCCAUUCCUGUAGAAGUUAAGAAGCCCAGGAAUACCACCUUCACACCAAGUGAGGACAUGACCCGUAGUUCAGUUCUUCCAUCUCAAACACUAGAUAUAGAAGCUUUGGCUCUCAGACCAAAAAAUAUAUCUGAGACUGAGAGUCCCAGCAAGGGAGAUGAUGACUUGACCAAGUACCAAUCAACUGUGGCUUGGAGGUUUGCCACAGAGAAGUCUCCUGUGGCCACCCUACCCUAUGAACUCACCAGCGCUACCCUGGAGACAGUAACAACUGCUGUCCAGCAGAUGCUGAAUCACAUUCCCUCAACUGUCAUGGCGGCCACGCAAACUCCAGUGGAAACCGUUGCUCCUGAGAUCCAGGAUAGUUUCCCAUACCUGCUGUCUGAGGACUUCUUGGGACAGGAAAGCCCUGGCCCAGGUGCAAAUGAGGAGCUUCUUCCAACUGUGGAACCAUGUAUAGGGGAUGGGUGUCCCAGCCUCAGCAGAGGCCCUGUCAUUGCUACCAUUGUCACCGUCCUGUGUCUGCUGCUGCUCCUGGCAGGUGUGGGGGCAGUGUGGGGCCACCGUAAGUGCCAGCACAAGAGCUCUGUGUACAAGCUGAACAUUGGCCAGCGGCAGGCUCGGCACUACCACCAGCAGAUUGAGAUGGAGAAGGUCUAGCCACCUUCAGAGCAGGCUCUCCCAAAGCCACUUAGGAGGAAAUAAACUGUGCCAUGUCUCAUUGAUAAACACUGAUAAUUCACUAGAGCAUGAAACAGGUGGAGUAGGGCUUGUCUUUAUUUUUCUCAGGUCUUUGUUCUAUAGGCCAAGAAGUGUCUCUGGAGGCACCCAGUAGGAUAAGAAGGCUUUGGUGGCAUCAUCACACACAUCAAUAUCUCCUUAACUAACUGCUCUGGACUGUAUUGUGCUAAUCCCAGACCUGUGCUCAGGCCCUCAUUCCAGUGUGAGUUCAAAACUCACCUCUCACUUCAUCUUCUUUUCCUUGUUUUAAGAAAAAAAAAAAUGAAUGACUCCACGACCUGAAAUUUUUAGAAAAAGUGUGAUAAACUGAGCAUUUGAGAGCAGUGUUAUUUAGGAUGUAGAUAUUUAAUUGUUGGGGGUGGGACACAGCAAAAUAAGGGGUUAUUUCCUUUUAAUGUUGUGGUGUUGUAAGGGCAAAUGAACCAAGAACCAGGGCAUAAUCUAGAAGUUUUGGGGUUUCUUUUUAUUUCCUUUUUAUUUUUUUAAACAUUUUAUUUAUUUAUUUAUUUUUUUGAGAGAGGGAGAGGGAGAGGGAGAAGCAGGCUCCCCACUGAGCAGAGAGCCCGACAUGGGACUCAGUCCCAGGACCCUGAGAUCAUGACCUGAGCCAAAGGCAGAUGUUCAAUUGACUGAGCCACCCAGUGACCCUUGAGGUUUCUUUUUAAUAGUUAAAAUUGGAGGGGAAAAAAAGAAAUUGGAAAGAAUUUAGGACUGAUGUUUUGUUGGGGGCGGGACGGAGGUGAGGAGUAGCAGGACAUAUCUACCUUUGUUCCCUCCAUUUUGUAGGACAGACUAUUGUUUUUCUAAAAACAUGCGGUUAGUUUUGGGGGUGCCUAAGUGUCUCAGUCAGUUGAGCAUCUGACUCUUGAUUUUGGCUCAAGUCAUGGCCUCAGGGUCCUGGGAUCGAGCCCCAUAUCACAUUGGGUUCCAUGUUCAGCAGCGGGUCUGCUUGAGGAUUUUUAGCUCUCUUCCUCUCAAAUGAAUAAAUAAGCACAUGUUUGCUCACUCUCUCUCCCAAAUGAAUAAAUAAAUCUUUUAAAAAAUAAAAUUAAAACAUGGUUAGUUUUGUACCAGUAAGCAGCAUUUUCUUUUAGAAGCAGUGGGCUACUUGUCCUUGACCAGUCUGUGCCUAACGAUGUCAUAGAAUUUUUUGUUAAACUAACAAAACUCAGUACUUGGUUUCCUCUUUCAUGAUUAAUCAUUUUUUUGAACCCAAGUAAGAGGGAAUGACAUGGGAGGAAAAUAAAGUUGUAGGAGGGCCAAGGACUGGGAUAUCAAGUAUGGGCACCUAUUCAAUGAGAAAGCAGAGGAAUUAAAAAGGAAUAUGAAAUGCUAUGUGCUGACCUCUUCUGUACUCUUGUGGCUACUGGGAGCUCCAUGGAAACAGCAUGAAUUCAGGAUGGACUCCUCCUGACUACUGAGCAACCCAUCUUAUAGCAUCUGGAUCCUCUUAUGAUGGCUCAGCAUGCACUGUUUACAACCGUGGUUCUCAGAGCAUGGUCCUCAGACCAGCAGUCAACUCACCAUGAAGCAGAAGUCCUGGGGACAGGGCUGAGUCCUCCAGGUGAUUCCAAAGCACACUUUAUAAUAUAAAUGUAAUAUAAACUGUGAGCUUUGAACCAGCAGAGGCCCUAGAGGCACAGAAGAUGAUGAGUAACACCUGUGGCUUGCCUUGCACCAAGUCAGGCAUCGCUUCACGCACCUGUGGCAGCACUGGGAGCUGCCGAAGUGCCAUCUCCACUGGCCUCAUAUGCAUUGGCACAGAAAUGAAACACAUGAUUAUUUUUAUAAUAUGAGUCAUCUUCUUGGAAAUAGUCUUCAGUGGUAAAAAGUGAUGAAGCCUGUACAUUGAUUUUAAGACACUAAAGUGGUUUUAUGUGGCAUGAGAGAGAUCCUGAUCUUCACAACUGAAAAAUUGGUAAUGGUGUUUUACCUAAGGAAAAAGGAAUUCGCACAACAUGUUUUCCACCCUGCCACCUCUUCUCGGUACAAGCUUUGGAAAAAUCAUAGGCUUAGUAGCUAUAAAGGCAGUGCAGCAAAAUCAAAGACCCUACUCCCAUUAUGGGGUAAAAUGAAGGCCUGAAGCUACCAGAUGGAAUAUCUGUGGGUCAGAUGAAAUCUAGAAUAAGAUUGAAACACUUUCUGCAUGUAGCCAAAGCAAAACACUACAGAAUAAGCGCCAGAGACUAUAUAUUUAUAAAUUAGAUUUUUUUCUAAUCUAUUACAAGAUAACUUUUCUGUUUUUAACUAUAUAAAAUAACCUCCAUCUCAACAUUGGGAUUGUGUUACUCGACUAUUAUUAUGUAAUAAUCCAAGAACACUGACCUAAUACCAAUACAAAAAUAGGUAAUGAUAAUACAAAUGUAUUAAUAAAUUUAUUACAGAUGCAUUAAUACAUGUAUUAUUUCAUAGACAUGAACUACAUGAAAACAAACCCAACACAUCAGUUUUUAAGUUUUUAUUGGUUUGCUUCCAUCUAAAUUAAUGUUAUAGGAUCUAAAAAUGCAUAUGGAAGAGGAAUGAUUAAAACAUUGUAAACCUAAAUUAUAUGUCAUUAUGCGUGUCUUGAGACUGGUAAACGUUUAAUGUUAAUGAAAAUUGAGGGUCGCGUGGUCCAUUAACACAAAGCUUCUGAGAUCUUUAAAAUAAAUAAUUAUUUCCCCAAACAGUUGCUCAAUGUAUCUUGUAUCUGGAUUACAUCAUGAUGGUUUAAAACAAAAAGUUUCUCUAGUAA